CCCUGACAUGACGUAGCUCGGUCAUCAUCCACGAAGGUGCGACAAAGUAAUCCGAGAUCAACAUACAUUCGAGUAAUCGCCAAGUACGCGGAAUCGCAUCAAAGAUGUUUGGCAACCAGGAAGAAGAGAGAAACAAACGAGACAUAUAAGAGGGAACAUUUUACUAAAAGAAAAACGUUAAAUCCUUAUUCUCAGUUUGCGCGACGAUCCUUCUUGAUUCGUAGGACGUACAGUAUACUCCUGCCUAACAAGAUGAAAGAAAGAAAGACCCCGUACGAUCUAGCAACAACUGUUGAGACGAACAGAGACAACAUUCGCGAUUGAAGAGGAGGAAAGUGUGGUGGAGGAAACGACACGAAAGAGGGGCAGGCUGGACAGGGAACAGGAGAGGAGAGAUGAAGCUCUCGUCGAAGCGGAAGCAGCGCCGACGUCGCGUAGGAACGAGACGGAGAGCGUGACAGCUGGCGUGGUUGAUGGUGUUGGUGACGCACUACGCGGUAUCAACGCUACGAGAGAUGAUGCUAAGUGUGUGAUGGUAAUGGUCGCCGCGCGCGAUGGUGAUGGUGAUGGUGGUGGGUCCACGGCGCGUAUAUCGUGCCUACAGAGCUCGCGGCUCCAACACUUGUUCCACGCACGAAGGAGUGAGGAAAAGGGAGCGAGAGAAAGAGAGAGGGAGAAUGAACAAGAAAGCGAGAGAAAGAGAAACAAACCUGCCCCCUCCUGCCGCGGGCGGUGCCACUCGAGGAGAUCCUUUCCUCUUUUCGCCUCUAGGCCAUUCUCGAGAGGCGCGCGCGCCAACGCGGUGUCGCUCGAUCGGGAUCCUCGUCGACCUUCAACCAAUACGCGGUCGUUUAAAAAAUAGUGCAUACCGCGGUUUUUCACCGAGCGACUUUUCCGAAAGUGAUCUCGCGUCGUGGUUCCCACGGAUCGUCCCUCCCGCAAUCGCCGGUCGGAUCUACGUUAAUUCAACGACGACGUCUCCUCUUCGCCCUCCCACGUGACACAGUGCACGACCACGUGGCCUACGAUUGAUCAAUCGCGACUUUGACGGGACGUCAACAUUUUGAAACGCUAUCAAAGAAAAAAGAUCCCGGAAAAGCGGUGAUUUCCGCGCAGUUCAGCAGUGUCUCUUCGGAACGUGAUUAUAUAAGCGAAAAUGAUGAUGUUUAAUACACAUAUCAUGCGUUGACAGUGAAGAUCUUUUCUUCUCGAAUUGUAAUCGCUGAACAGGAGAUAGAUCUUUUUAGCGAAAAAAAAGAUAUUAAAAUCGUCGUGAACGCGUAAUUUUUAUUACGGAAGAUUGAAUAACAUCGGCCUUGUAAACUGAGAGAGAGAAUAUCAGAGCAUGUCUGCACAUCGUGCGCGUCAAUCGAUCGACGGUAUCUCGCUACCGUUCAUCUUCUUUCACGUCUCGAUUCCGCGAGUGAAAUCUGGCCGGGUCGAGCGGCCAAGCACGCCGUCGAUUGUGAGAACGGUAGCUGACACCGGUUCGCCACCAAGGAACUAGCCUAGCCACGUGACUUUCGGCGGUGACCCGCAAUUUCUGCGUCGUUUGACACACGCGAGCAUACGCCACUGGAUGUCGUUAGAUCUGGAUGCCGAUCUCGCGUCCGAUCGAAUCGAUCGAAGAAAAUCCCAGGAGAACUCGUAUCGCAGAUCGCUUCAUCACCGUGAUUUUUCCAAAGUUAAAUUCAUUAAUCAUCCCGUCGACGACGAGAGGAAAAGUUCAUGGUCCGCGGAACGAAUCGCGCAUCGGUCCGCGUCUGACUACAAGGAAAAUCCGCGCGUAUGACGAAGUAUGCCGUUUAAUUACGCAUCAUCGUGUCCCCGCCCAAGCGGUCGAAGCUACUUUAACUACAACUAAGUGCAAGAGGGAACGAAGAGAGAAAGAGAGAGAGAGAGAGAGGCAAAUAGGAAGGAUUCUACCGCGCGUUGCGUAUCGCGCGCAGAGCUGGAGAGUUGAAUGCGCGCACAAGCGCGAGAUCGUCCCUCUCGUCUCGAUCGCCUCGAAACCCGAAGCGUCGAAAACUCGUUCGAAAGCUGACGCAUCACAUGAAUACGAGACACGAUCCGCAGGCGAUCGUGACGCAAGAAUUGGGGAGGCAUUGAACUGUCUCCCGCGAGUUUUAAAACGAAAUUUCACGUAUAUCGCGAUGAAAAAUUUCGCAGCGCCUGGGGUUUCAGAUCAAAAUUCCGCUAAAUAUUCUGCCAAUUAUUCCGCGAGAAUUAUUGUUUACGCCAUGAUCGAUGUAAGUGCGAUUGCCCGCAAAGCAUGAAUCUAUCUCGCUUAUACAGUACUGACAAUGAGAUCUUAUUAAAACGACUGCGUGAUUCCUCGUCACGUGAUCGAGAUAUCGAAGCUCCAUGCCAGACAGCGCGCUGACAGCUGUUCGCAAAUACCGCAGACGUUUUAAGCUCUCAUAAUUGAAUGAGAUAUAAAGCGCGGCGGGAACAGUACAGUUUCCUCGAUGACUCUUCAGAAGUAGUGAAAGUUACAUCUGACAGCAAAUUUGCAUACAAUUAUAGUAAUGCCAUUGCAGCUUGUCACUUUGAAUACUUGAAAGGAUAUUGUUUAAUAAUGUGUGCUAGUAAAUCAAAAUUUUUUCUUUGCAAAAUUUUAAAGAGAGCAUCGUUGAUAUUCUUCAAAAAGCGCACUAAUUGUGUCUCUUAUUGACUCUAAAGCCAGUAUUUCAGAAAAUUACGUAUCCAUGCGUUUGAAAUUGGAUAUAAUUAACCGGUAAUGAUUGCAGUAAGCGCAUUACCGCCAUUGGUAGCAAGUUUAAUGCUUGGAUUGAACGUGAAAAUUAAACGGAGUCAAGGCAAAACCUUUCCAACUUACGAGACAUUUCGCUAAAUAUCUGCAAUUUUGCGAUUUAACCUAUGCAACCACUUGUUGAUAUUUCUCUUAAAUAAACGAAGUUUAUCCAGCUAAUGGACGAUCAUUAUACUAUCAAGGAAUAAUCAAAAGAGAUUACUGUCGACGAAGUAAUUUGACAAAUGUAUACAUGGUUGUUACCGCCAGUCGUAAUUGGCCAAAGUUUUACGGCGAAAGCGAAUCCCCGGCGCAUUCCUUCCUCAUCAAACGAUCAUUACCCGAUGAUAUUCGCAUCGGUCGUCGAGCUUAACGACAAAAACGUGCACAGAUAUAUACCGAUCGAAAUUUAAUCGUAUACGAGGCUCUCAUAUCUUUUAUUACCAAAUAGAAAUAGCAAACUGGCACAAGCUCGAUUUCCGGGUCGCGUCGCGAUGAUGGUGCGACUUUAUUAAAGAAUCAGCAUUAAUCGGUUAGUAUUCUUGAGGACUUUCGAUUAUCGAACUCGCGAACCGCACGAGAUUUAACGGUGAAAGGAAACUCUAUGCUCGCGCUUGGUACGUACUCCCUUUGGUCUCUGUCGGCGAUUAUCUCGUCGGAUCUGCACGAAUUCCGGCGAGCGAGAUAGCGGCAAUAUUAGCGGACAUCGAUGUCCACCAUGUCGGUUCUGGAGACCGGUGAGACUGAUCGGACCAUGUCACCGCUGGACGAAGUCGUAUCCCCGACAAGCGUCAAAUCGGAACUGAUGAUCAGCGACAUGCUGGACGAGCACGAGGCCGCGCUUGACGCGCACCGCAAGCGAAAGAGAGACACGGAUGGCGAGGAGCUGACGCCUAGGAAGCUGCCGUCACUCACGAGGAACAACAAUGAGGUCGGAUUUGUCCUCGAGGAGAAUCCUGAUGAUGACGAUAGAGACGACGACCGUCUGACUGGUCAUGGGGGCAUCUCCUCACUGGGCGGCGGGAAUUCGUCGCCCUAUUCCGGUGCCCAUCACCAUGGACAUCGGGGAAACGGAAACGGGGGUGGCAUGCCCCACCACGGAGGCGCCUCUCUGCCGACCGCCUCCGACUUCCAACCCCCUUACUUUCCACCCCCGUUUCCCUCGCACCAUCACGCGCCCGCUAGCCCCCAGCAUCCCGGUCUUGGCCAACCGCAACACCUGGAUUACCUCGUCAGCGAUCCUUAUACGCAAACGCUCAACACGUUGCACCAGCACCACUACAAUCACCUGAGCGCUGCCGUCACCGCGGGUCAAAGGAGCGGCGAUCUCAGGAGAGACGCCGAGCUUCACGUGAACAUGCAUGCUUCGUCGUUCCCAUACGAUGGUGGACGCAGUAGCAGCGGAGGCGGCGGCGGCGGUGGCGGAGGUGGUGGUGGCGGAGGUGGUGGCGGUGGCGGCGGCGGAAGAGGCGUCGAGUACGGCGCCGUACGUCGUCCCGACGCCCUCCUACCGCCUCCGGGCCUCGACCAAACCGACCUCGUUCUGCACAGCAGCCUCGUUGACGACCCCCAGGUGAGCGACGAUAACACAAACGUGGACGAUGGAGGGUUCAUGAACGACUUACCACUACUAAAAAAUAUGAAACCUUCGGACAGGAGCGAGAAGGCUAUGUUGUCCGGAAACGCGCAACCGUCGGACGUGUUCUGUUCGGUCCCAGGACGAUUAUCGUUACUAAGCAGCACCAGCAAGUACAAAGUUACGGUAGCAGAGGUACAAAGACGGCUAUCGCCACCGGAAUGUUUGAACGCGAGUCUCCUCGGCGGCGUGUUACGAAGGGCGAAAUCCAAAAACGGUGGGCGUCUGCUUAGGGAAAAAUUGGAAAAAAUUGGUUUGAAUCUGCCAGCCGGUAGAAGGAAGGCGGCCAAUGUCACGCUUUUAACAUCCUUAGUGGAAGGAGAAGCCAUUCACCUUGCCAGAGACUUCGGCUACGUUUGCGAAACCGAAUUCCCCGCGAAACAAGUCGCCGAAUAUCUCAGUCGGCAGCAUUGUGAACCGCAGGAUUCCUAUAGGAGAAAAGAACUUCUUCAUGCCACCAAACAAAUCACCAAAGAGCUGAUGGAUCUUCUGAAUCAGGACAGAUCGCCACUUUGCAAUACGCGGCCGCAACAUAUCCUCGAUCCCAGUAUACAGAGACAUCUCACCCAUUUCUCUCUUAUAUCACACGGAUUCGGAAGUCCUGCGAUCGUGGCUGCUUUAACGGCUAUACAGAAGUUCCUAAGCGAGUCUUUGAAUCAUCUGGAGAAGAUGUAUCCCGGGAACGGCAGCGGCGUGACAAGCAGUCAACAGUCGAAUCUCGACACGAACAAGAGCAAGGAUGGCACGCUGAUGAACGACAUGAAGAAGUGACGCACGGAAGACCCGCCUACCUCGAACGUGGUCACAUCUAUCAGGCACUCUUGGCCGUACAAUUGAGCUUCCGUGCGUUCACCAUUCUUGCGGAAAGCUCGCAGUGGACCACCGCGUACUAUAGGCGCUCGCGUUCGCGACAUACCGCGUGGCCAUCGUACGCCGAGGUUGGCUGGUCGGUAAGCUUCUGUAGGCAAUUCGAUACGCAGGCUACAAGUGCGAAAUGUGCAAUCAGGGAUACCAGUAAUAAGAGAAACGAGAAGACAAGAAAAUUCUCAUUCGUAACAGAGAAAAGAUAUUAAAAAAAAAAAAAAUAAAAAAAAAACAAAUUAGAGAAACCCUACUUCUCGUGUCGCUGGUCGCCUUUGAUAUAAAUCCUAUUCAUUUUAUACCUUAUUUCGAAAAUGUUUAAUAACAUCAUAAAGCUCUAUCUUAACAAAAUCUUUUAACAGUUUCCUUCAUCGGCUUAUAAUUGCGAUUAAAAUAUCAUUAUUGAUUCGAUCUUAUAGAAAGGCAGAAAAGAAAUUUUUAUAAGCAAAUGAGAAUACAUAUCUGUGCUAAACAUGUGCCACAUGUUAAAACAAGAAGCGUUAGAUCCACACAUACGUUGUCCAAUGGAUAUUCUCUACUGAAUAUAUUCUCAGAAAAUUAACACAUAUAUCUUAAAAUGCAUUUAACAUAUUUUAUAUUUAGUAUUUGACGAUUCUCAAUCUUCUGAUAAGAAUAUCAGAAUUAUAUAAUUUAGUCAUAUAAUAAUAAGUUAUUCAGAGACGGUAAAUAUUACGAAAAAAUAAAUGUUUGAGAAUAUCAAUUGGAUAUUCGUAUUAUUGGAAAAUAUAUCAAGUUCGUAAGUUUUAUAUUUUUGUGUCUAGAGAGAUCUUCAAAAAGAGAUUUCUCCAAAAAAUUUAUUUAAAUAAAUUAUACUUAUGUUGUUAUAUAUAUAUAUAUAUAUAUAUGAUAAAAUGUGACGAUAGUGAAUAAUUUAAAAAAUAUCAUCUCUGAAUUUUUAAAGAAAACAUUCCGGAAUAUCAGAGGCGUACAGCUACGAUUUUUAUAAUCUAUUCAUAUGACCCGCUCUCUCUUAUCCCACCGAUAAUACAUCUUAAAUACGAUAGAUCAAAUUAAAGAUUUGCGAUUUGGUAAAUCGCAUGUUUUUCGCGCAUCCCGAACAUUUAACCGACAAAAAUGCUCGAAUUAUCUGUGCUGAGAAAGGAAAGGCUAAUCAAAAUUAUUAAACAAAUCAUAAAAUAACGACAAUUACUUUCUUUUUUAGCUGAUUACUCUUAUUGUAUGUAUUUAUAUAUAAUUUCUCUACUUUUACUAAUUGUAAGUACCUACUAGGAUAAUGCAAAUAGGUUUUUUGAAUUUGCUUUGCUAUUAGCAUUGUCCGAUUAAUCAAAAAGAAUUUACUCAGCACAGAAAAACUGUAAUAUGUAUAUCAAAUAACGAGUGUGAUAAAAAAAAUACACAGAUGUGUGAUAAAAAAUACACGCUCUAUGACAGAUAUAAUAUUCCCUCGCAUUGUAAAUUCUAUUAAAGAGCUUCACAGAAAAUUAAUAGAAAAUUAAUUUACGACAAGAAUAAAGUAAUCAGGUAAAGAUAAUUUUGUGAAGUAUAUAUGAUAAUCAAAAAAUGCAAGAAAUUGAGUGCAAUUGUGUUAAUAAUAAUUUGCGAAAUUAUUAUUAACUAGAACUAUUUCUUCCUAUCCUUGCAAUCCAAUUAUCUGCAAUCUGUAAUUGUUAAUAAGCAAUCUGCAAUAAAAACAAAAACAAAAAACAAAAAUCGUAUUAAAAUAUAAAGAACAUUCAUUAAUUUGCGGUAAAAACGAGUCGAGAUUUACUUUCAAUUCUCUUUCAAUGUGCAUUCCGGAUUAUUUUGCGAUUUACUUCUUUUCUCAUUAGAGAAGCUGUGCUUCCAUGUAUGAGAGUUUCCUGGACCAGCAAUACUUUAAAUAUGUAAACGGAAGUGGUCGCGUGUAUGAGUAUCAAAGUGCAACUUAAUCCUCAGCAAUCCUGAUGUUUCAAUCUUACUGAGAUUAAUCAUAAUCGGAACGUCGUGCAAUCAUCUAUAGCAAGAAUAUUCUGCCUUUCAUAAGUGCACUCGCGUGAUAGUCAGAAACGACGUUAAGUCCAAGGAACCGUUAAGAAUGAAGUCCUUCUGACGGGAGUCUGUAAACAAUUUACCGGAAAAAAUGAGCGAUAUGAUUAAUUUGCAUAUAACAUAUAAAUUCCAUUUUACAAUCUUUUAAUGCUAUUUCUUAAAAAAGAGUUCAUCAAAACAUUUAAUCAAUUAAAAAUAAAGAUUAUCUACAUUAUUAAAUUCUUCUCUAAGGGACUUUAUUCAAGGGUGUUCCUACGAUCAUUAUCGUGCCAAUGCGAAACUUGCCAUUAAAAAGAUGUGCCAAUUAUCGAUAUCGAGUUAUUAAUGUAAGCAAGAGGCGGUUAACGGAAAAAAAAAGAUAUAAAAGCGAUAGCAUACACACACAUACACCCAGCGCAACGAAACUAGUAUUUCGUUGAACACGCACGUGACACACACGCGUGACGAAACGAAAGUCUCGUCGAGAACGACGCGCACGUGCUCGUCGGUCGCAUCUCGGACUCGCCAGUCACGAGAGAUUGUAUGAAGUACAAUACCAGGUGAACCUGAGACAUAUCUAACUUUGUAAUUAAAUCUUAGGCGUAUAUAAAUGUAAGAUUAAAAGUAAAACGGGAAGAAGACGAAGAAAAAGGAAAGAGAAUGCCGGAUCGGGCGUCUCAUGUCGCGUCGCGUAUUAUGUACAGAAUAUUUGAAUCUUUCUUGUGAUAUAAUCGUACAUUAUUAAGAUGUAAACCGAUUUAAAAAAAAUACACUAUACAUUCCAUGUUUUUUCAUAGAAGUGAAAAAUAUUAGAAGUGGUCGUGGACAGAGCUUGUGAGAGAAACCGGCUCGUUACUGUAGAAUCGGAUGUGACGGUCACACGACUAAAGCUCACGUCUCAUGGUGUUAGAGGCGGCUCUAGGAUUAGCCAAAGUUUUAGCCAACAUUCGUGAAAUUUAAUGUAACAUUCUUACACAUAGGGUCUCGUUCUUAUAUUCGCACGGGCUCGUGAAUACGACUUGAUCCAUAUGAAGAUGUCUCAUAUACGCGAAUCUCUCGAGUAUCUAUAUAUGACCCUGUAGCUCGCUGCAUAACAUAAGAGUCGCCUCUGCACUACAAGCGUAAAACAGUUUUGUAAAUGUUAAAACGCAUUCCGACCAAAAUCUUUAAGUCUGGCGUCUCCGAUAUUCUAUACUUGUUGUAUUACAUAAUUUUAUGUUUAUACGCACAUAUUUCGCAAAUAUAACUUGAUAAUAUAGUAUAUAAAUUCAGAAAAUAUCACCAUAGCGUAAUCAGUAGUGUGAUCUUUAUUAUGCGCGUUCUUUUAUCUUAGCAAUUCGACUGCAUGACACUGUAUGAACUGUGUCGCCGAGAAGAUCGGAAAAAUUUAUUAGCAAGCAUAGAUAAGGAUCACUCUAAUGGUUGGCUGAUAUACCGAGUCAUCUCAAUAAAUGUUAGAAAAAAUUUAACUAAUUUGAUAUUGUGAAAUUGUUAUAAAUAAAAUGACGCAUAUACGUAAUAAAUAACAUAAUGAUUGUUUAAUUAUUAUACAGAGUGCAGCUAAAAUUAGCAUGUAUGCGUUUCAACAGAUACAAGAUGUGGACGCUUUAGCGCAAUAUGCUCGAUUGCACUUUAAGUGAGCAAAGCAUUUUCCAGCUCGUGGUUCAUACGUAAAGGAUUAGUUAGAAAAAAGAAAACUCGGCACCUUAUUUUCACUCACAACUAUAUACUUAGAUGCGACUUAUUAGAAGCUAAGGUCUCCCGUAAAUUAAUACUUAUUUAUAAUCCUUAUAGGACGGCUGUAGAAACACGUUUUUCUACCAGAAUUUCUGUGCCAACUGCAAAGAAUGUUGUAGAUGAUCUUUUUGUUUCAAGUUGAACCAUUACUCUAAUCUUGUAAGAUACUCAGAUAUAUCUUUAUUAAAUAUAUAUUUGAAUUUCGUAGUAUAUUAUAUUCUGAUAUUGAUUAUACAGUUCAUUUUUGUAUAUUGGUGUGUGAUAAAUAAAUAAGAAUAUUGUUUCUAAGCAA